AUGGAAAGCACGUCCUCUUCUUUUGGGAAGGAGCCAGCACGCGAGCCCGGAAAGAGUGAUGGCACGAACGUUUCAUCGGAUCCUGCAAAUGGAGAUGCUUCAACCACGGAUUGUGCCUCGCAUGUCGAGGUUGAAUCGUCCAAAGAUGAAAUAGAUGAAAUAAACGAGAUAUUUCAAGGGACGUCUUUUUUCGAAGACUCCUCGCUCGUCAGUGACACCACGCAAUACUUAUACACUGCUAAGUUUAAUAAGGCCUUCGCUGGAGAGCCGAAACCUCUCCGAGGAUCAGCGCCAGAAUUCGUUCCUAAUCCCAAUAAUCCAAAGUUGCAAUGGUGGCAAAUAAAUUUCGUCAGUGCUGGAUAUCUGAAGACAAUAAAGGAUACAGAGCAAACCACUACACUGCUACCAAAAACUUGCGACCAAGAUUCUGCUUUGGAUAAUCACCAGGCUCAACCUAUGAGCUUGCGAAGGGAAAGUUUCAACACAGUCCCACCACCAGCACAACUCCUUCCUACCCCAAAAAGCCAGCCGCAACAUGUGCACCCAAGCAAAGGGGGCCGUCAAAGAAGGGGUAGUAAGGCAAACAAGAAACACGAAGCAGGAAAUAAAAUGGAAGGACCAGCUACUGGAGGUACCAGUGGCUUCACAGACCCCUAUCCUUUUAAGUUCAAUCCAUUGACUUCACAAUUGAUGGAUGUGAGUGCCCCUCGGGACUAUGCGAAGUGCAGUGAGAGAUACGGCAACUGUGGUCAUUGUGCUGAUUCUAUAAAUUAUCGUAUGUAUGUAAAUGAUUAGUUGCUGGUGAGAAAUGUAGAGGCCGGAUGUAGCCUCGAGAGUAGUGUGGUUGGGUGGAUCCCAGAGUUUUAUGCAAUACUCUUUCCCUGUCUACAAGCUGACGAUGUGAUGGUGGUGAUCUCUGAUUUUGGAUGUCUGCAGUAAGAAGGAAGUUGCGGAUGACAAUAGGCGGACUCGAAAGGAAACUUGGAGGGAAGGUGGUAAUUUGAGACACCCACUUCAUGGUUGAGGCGUCAUUCUCAAUGGAACAACUUAGCAACAUCUAAUCCCGUGCGUGAAAUAUUCCUCCAGCUUUUGUUGCAUUUUAACCCUUUAAAUCACAAUGAAGAAUUACAUUGGGAGCCUACUUUUACUGUGCGGAGAAUGACCAGUUUCAGGCCAAGGUCGAGUCCGAAGGCACCUUUGGUAUAGAUCGAAAUUUCGGAUAUGGCGUAUGGGUAUGAGUUCAUUUCCGUUGAUUCCUCUAUUUAGCACCUAGUUCCAGUGGGAUCCAUUUACUUCCCCAAGUAAGAAUGAUUUCAGCUAACACUUACUCACAGCCAGUAGCUCUCAUGGUACAAGCGGUUGCCGAAUGUCUGCCGUCAAAGAUCGAAGAAGCCCUCAACUGUCUACAAAAGUAUUGGAAUCCAGAAAAAGGGGCAUUCUGUGAUUCGGAAAUUGAGCCUGGAAAGGAAGAGAUGUUUUACGACGACAACGUCCAUGCUGCCCAGAGUCUUAUCAGUGCUUUCAAAGUUACCUACGAUAGAAUGUUGCUGGAUCGAGCGAAAUCCAUUAUCACCAAUCACAUUAUGCCGACCGCCUCUGAGACAGAUUUGUUUCCAUGCAAUUGGAUAAUUAACAAGCAGAAAGCUUACAACAUCUGUGUUCGUGGUCGAGCAGCUGUCUCAGCACUUCGGAUUUGUGAAAUCGAAUACGACCAAGCACUCUGCGAUUUUGCUCGUAUCUCCCUGGAGUCUAUGGUUUUGUGCUUUCGAGAUCCUCGAGAUGGAUUGAUAUGGGAGGGAGUGAGGCGUAAUUAUCAGUCUGGAUUGAUUGAGGUUAGCAAGACGAUUUGGAGUUACAAUACGGGAUUGGCGAUACAAGGCCUAAGUCUUCUUUACAAGUUUACCAACGACAAUAAGCACUUCAUAAAUGCAUUGUGCCUUGCCAAAGCAGCGAUGCGUCCCGAUGGUCUACUGAAGGAUAUAUCGAUCCGCGAUCCAGAACUUCGCAUGUACUCGGACAGUUCCUUCUUCUUGCAUCACCUUCUCAAUGGCUACCUCGAACUUUCCAACUACCUGAGUAGAGACCACAAACUGCGCCUCAAACUUGAAAAGGAGAUACAAUAUGCUGCAGCCUUUGGAAAGGAUUUCUUCUUUGACCGUUCUGACAACCUUUACUUCCGUGGUAGUCUUCCGUACACAAUAUCCAACAGAAUGAGAAGGAGAUUCAACAAGAAAUAUCGCCUGAAAAAGAAACUAUGGAUCAACGUUCAAGAAAGAGACAAGGAAGGAAAGCUGUGCAAGACUUUGAUGGGAAAUGCCAGCUGGGCCAGAAUAUUUUAUUUGGCAGAGAAAACCCAACUACCACCACAAAAUUCCUCCCAUGGGCCACAUCACGACAUACAGCCCAAUUUUGGAUCAUCAAAGUUUUCAUCUGACGGGGAGGAAGGUGGUUCUCGGGCUUAG